CUCUCCACCACCACCUUGACCACCUUGACCACUUUGGCCCUCUUCGUCGCCAAUUCCCGAAUCUUCUACCAACCCGCCCACCACAAAGAAAAGCGGCGGUGCAGUACAUGAAGCUUAACGCAUUGCGUUUCACCCAAUUCUCAAUCCCCAAUUCCUGCAGUUUUAUUGAGGCCGACAUUUCGAACACUCUUUGUGUUUUCUUUCCUUCUUUUUUUAUUUCGUCAAAUACCAGUCGCUUCAUUCGAUACAACGACGAAAUCCGAAAUCCUACUUACACCUCAUACAUACGCUACUCGAUCACACGAUCCCAUUGGAUCAUAAAGCACCUUUGCUCCUUUCCGACAACACACAUAUACUAGGUGCUUCCUAAUCAUCAGGCAAGAUGGUAAAGGAAACAAAGCUAUACGACCAGCUCAAUGUCAAGCCGGAUGCCAGCCAAGAUGAGAUCAAGAAAGCAUACCGAAAAGCAGCAUUGAAGUGGCAUCCUGACAAGAAUAAAGACAAUCCUGCCGCCUCCGAGAAAUUCAAGGAGUGCUCACAAGCCUAUGAGAUACUUUCCGACCCCGAAAAGCGUAAAACCUAUGAUCAGUUCGGCCUUGAAUUCCUACUUCGCGGCGGUGCCGCACCUCCUCCCGGGGAUAAUCCAUUCGCGGGAGCUCAAGGUGGAAUGCCCGGCGGUUUCCAAGGCUUCGACUUCGGUGGCGGUGUGCCAGGAGGUGCUCAGACAUUCCAUUUCUCUACUCGCGGCGGCGGGCCAAAUCCUACUUUUAGCUUUAGCAACCCUGAGAGUAUAUUUGCCGAGUUUAUGCGCGGUACUGGAGGUCUAGGAGUCGACGAUGACGAAGGCAACCCGUAUUUUACUAGAGGUGGCGGCAUACCUCGAGCCUCGGGUGGAAGGACCCGUAUGCGUAGCAAUUUCCCUAGUGGAGGAGACCCUUUUGCAAGCAGCGGAGCAAGAGAACCCACGCCUGAUGUUACUACCGUCGAGCGUGCUCUACCUCUUUCCUUGGAAGAACUGUACUCCGGCGUCACGAAGAAGAUGAAGAUCAAGCGGAAGACCUUCGACGAUACGGGCAAGCGGACUACUACAGACCAAGUCCUAGAAGUCCCCAUCAAGCCUGGCCUGAAGAAAGGUAGCAAGAUCAAGUUCAAGGGUGUUGGCGACCAAGAAGAAGGCGGCAAGCAAGAUUUGCACUUCAUCGUCGAGGAGAAACCGCAUCCCCUCUUUACUCGUGAAGGAGAUGAUCUAACUCACACGAUAGAUCUGGACCUAAAGGAGGCCCUAACUGGCUGGAGACGAACCGUGACGACAAUAGACGGCAAGCAACUGAACGUUGAAAAGAGCGGUCCGACAGGUCCAGGCAGCUUCGACUCGUAUCCUAGCCUCGGAAUGCCGAUCUCGAAGAAACCAGGCGAGCGGGGGAACUUUAUCAUCAAAUACAACGUCAAGUUCCCGACAAGCUUAACGGCAAAGCAGAAACAGCAACUGAAGGAAAUCCUAUAGACGCCGGGCAGGCGUCGCAGAGAUUGAUAUUCAACGAGGCGGGGCACGGUGCAUUUUGGCGUUAAAGGGUAUGGCAAACGAGGAAAACAUUGACGAACUUCACGACCACGAGAUACGAGUUGUUUUGCGCAGCCGAGAAGCAUUCAGUUCAGCAGAAUGGUCCCCCAUCUUUGGGAGGGGCGGGCGCAAGCCGAGUCCUCGAUUUUGCAAUGCUUGGGCGCUGGUAGAUUAUAAGUACAUACAUAAUUCUGUCCUCCGUAUUAUUUCUUAGCUGCUGGGAAGGGCACUGUUGGGGUAUAUGGGAAUCAUUGCCUAUUGGUGGAUAUGGGUCGGUAGAUACUUAAUCGACGGCAUUCUACAUAUACUGCUUUUCUUGACGAUUGGUGCAUCGCCGAUGUGAUUUUUUGGUGUUUGAUUGAGUUUGAUGGGUUUGAAUCGUCGGGUUCAAUAUUGUUAACCUACCUUUUUAUACCUUUUUGAAACUCAUAAGUCUUCUUGAUAGUGAUAACUACUCUUAACAUA